AGGGGCUGCUGAAAUUGGAGCUGCUUUUCACUGAAAAGUGCCCCUUUUUCGGCAUAAAUGAAGUGUUUUGAAACAUCUUUUCGUAUGCAUUCCGGUAAAACUUUAUUCCAGGGAAGGAGAAAUAGCUGUGAGGCAGCCCGGCGUUUGCUGGGGGUGGGGGCUGGCGGUGGCCCUUCCAGUGACUUGUCUGCAACCCCGCGAAUUACUCGUGCGUGUAAAGCCAGAGGUCAGGGACCCGGAUAUUAUGAUGUGCUGAAAACAAGAGGUUUUUCUUUUUCCUUUUUUUCUUUCUUUUUUUUUUUUUUUUUUUUUUUUUUAAUUUAUAUUGCUCUCAAGAUGUUUGCUCUUGUUCCAUUUUUGGUAUGGAAAAAUAUGCUGAAUAGCUGAAUUUUGGCGAAAUGGAAAAUCUCAUUCCUUCUCUCCCCCAUUCUUUGCACUAGGGUUUUGAAAAUUGUCUCUAGAAUGCUUAGGAGCAGGGAUGCUGAGAGGCUGGCCUGUCCCUUUCACCUUCACUGGGAGCCUGGCACUGGGACUUCCUAGGGAGCAUUUGGCAUUGCUGGUCCAAAACUACCGGGGAAGUACAAACUUGUUAAAGACUCCCAAUUACAUAGCAGAAGCAGUAAAACUUGUAUCGCGUGAAAUAUUUCAUAUUGUUCUCUGACAUCAUUUAUUUGACAGGUUUGUCCUGUUCCCCUCUUAAUUCUGAGGAAAAAGCAGUCCCUGCAGCAGCUGAAUUUUUCACAGGAAGGCCGUCUGGUUGGUGUACUAGCUGUUGGUCACUCGCACCUGGUCUGAAAACAGUUUGCAUCUGAAACGGCUUGGACUUGCUGGAGGUGACGCAGUUGACCUGCGGAUGCUGUGAACCAGGAGCUGACCAAAAAGCAGGAGAGCUCCAGGAUUCCUCCCUGGAAAAGGAUGUUUCUACCUCUCUGAGGACCUGUGUGAACCUGAAAUUAAGAAGAUGAGGUAGCCACCAUCUUGGAGGCUCCACAAGGAUUCCUUUGGUGAAAAAGAAUAAUUUAGCAAUCUGAGACUGCUCAAGUUUUCUCCACCAGGGAUGUUAGGAGGAAACUUGAGGACUCACAGCUCGGUGAAUAGCACAUAGUGCUUGGAAGGCUUGGUUCUUUUACAUCUCAGCAGUAGUUUAAUGUUAGCAAGGAAAAUAUAUAUAUUGAGGAGGAAAAAUUAUUUCCUGUAGAAUUGCCAUCAAGAGAUUUCCAAAAGGGGGAAAAAAGAAGAAAAGUUUGUAUGACAGUCUCAGGCUGUGUUUCUGAAGGUACUUAAAAGUAUGCUCCCUGCUGUUUCACCUGUCUUUAUGCACUUCCCUCUGCUUGCAGGGCUUAGACCUAACUCAGUUUAGACCAAGAUGCUCGGUUUCUUUAUGGCCUGCAGCAGUCCCUCCUACAAGAAGUGACUGUAGUUGCUAGCUGCAGGUGUUUACACUAUCUAGUUACCUACUGUCACUUGAAUGUUAGGAGUUCAUAAAGUCUUGGGCACUGGUGAAGGGAAUACAAGGAGAGGGAAAUAGUUCUUUACAGUUCUGUAUAUGCAGCAAGAAUUUCCAGUAAAAGAAACUGCUAACUUUCUGGAAUGCUGAUUUGAGCUCUACCUGCAGUAAACUAGGAGAGACUGCCUUGGAUCUGUCAACUGUUCUAAUUUUUUCAGAUUUUUUACACACGCUGCUGUUCUUCACAGUUUAAGUGACUUGGAUUGUGUCGUGGUAUUAGCAGGCUAGGAUUUUAGAUACUCGUACUUCAUUGCCUUGAUCAUAAUAUUUUUCUCUGCCAAACUUCAUUUUCAAUGUGAAAUAUGUUUGGAUUUUUUUUCUCCCCUCCCCAACUUGGCUUUCCUCCAUUGCAUGCUGAUUCUGGCUUGUUUCUGCAGAUUGUUAGGAAGACCUGGGGCUAAGCAUGCUUAUUUGUUACUGUUACUGACCUCUGUAAGUUGUCCAAAUUGAUUUAUUAUUGUAGUGUUGGAGUGGACUGAUGUAUUUGCUUUUCACUUUGCUUUGGAAAGAAGAUGAGGGCAUUUGUUAAGAAGAAAAAACUUUUCAAAAAAGAAAGCGAAUUUCCAAACAGCUUUAAGAAACCAUGUAAGAUGGCUGAUACUAAUGUCUUGACCUUAAUGUUGUCUUUUCUUUACAUCUGUUGGCUCUCUAGUGACAAGUGGAAAAAGGAUAUUGGCUAGGGCAAAAUCUUGUAAACUCUUAGCAUGUUCUCAGGAUAAAUUCUCUCUCUGCAUUCAUCACUCUGUUCUGGGUUGCUUUUUCCUGGUAAGCCAUGGUGCGCAUUAUGUUCUUUGAAUGUCAGAUUUCCUUCAGUCAGCUAAUACAACACGUUAAACUCAAGCUUUCAAAAACAGUCAUGAGUUUUGAUUGCCAUGGUACUCAAAUGUGCUCAAACCUAGGCCUGAAGUCAUAGGCCGUAAAUUUGUGUCAAGUUUUGAAAAAUGGGUUGUAGGAACUCAAUUCUGCUCUCACUGCAGAGAGUGAAGUCAGCCUGGGCUUACUGUCCAGGUUAAGAUAAUGGUGAAUCCAGCAACUGAGCACCCAAAACUGGAGGAUGGCUGAUACAGGUUCUUGGGGCAGGUUGUGUUCCUCCUGGACAUGCCAUCUCCUUUGGAGCAGACCUUCCAUAUUUAGUGUGGGCCCCCUCCUCUGCAGUGUUAGUGGAAGUUCUGCCCGCUUCUAUGGCGGGUUUGUGGCUUCUGCUUUGUGCUGGGGCUGCUUCAGGGGCACUUGGGCCCUUGCUGGAUGCUUGUUUGUUUGAGAGCUGUAGUAUCAGCAAAUGCUGGGGACUCAGGGCAGCUUUCCCAUACAGGAGAAGGCAGCAGGUAAGGCAAAGGAGAAUUCUAGCAACAGGCUUGGAGAAGAACAUGACCUUACCUGAAAGAGAUGCUGGGGAGAUCUGGCAAUAGUACUUCUAGAUGCUAAGUUUGGACUCAGUCAUUUUUCACAGAUUUGUCUUGCAAGUUUGCUGCUUGCUUGGCUCUUGAGGGGUCUUAACUUCUGUCGGGAACACAGGAAACAUCCCUUUUUGUCACUGUAAGCAAAGACCUGCUGCCUUAAUUUGCUCCCAGGUUGGAGUGGUCACUGUGGGCUAAGGUGUGUUUGAGUAACACGAUGCUGUGUGUGAGGCAGGGCCUGGGAAGUGUCAGCUUUCUGCACUUCUGCCAUUCAUGAGGCCACAUGAGUCAGAAAACUAUUCCUUAAACUAACAAACAAUGUCUUCAUAUUUUUCUCUUUGUUCUCUGAAAAGCCCCUCCUAUACACUGUCUCCCAAGAAGACCCUACCUUUCUCCUUCCUGUUGUGCCUUCUGGGCAGCCUACACGCAGGCAUUACCAGUAAGAACUACACUUCUCCAUCCCUUUGGCUUAGUCCACACUUCAGAGUUAAUUCAGAGUAUCUUGAUGAGGUCUGUUGUGGUUUAACCCCAGCUGGCAACUAAGUACCAUGCAGCUGCUUGUUCACCUCCAACUGCCACCUCCCUGUGGGAUGGGAAGGAGACUUGGGAAAAAGAGCUCCUGCUGGGGUGUGCGCAGAAGAAUGGCUGCGGCAGAACCUCUGACUGCUUUCUCCCGAUGGUACCUCUAUGCCAUUCAUGGCUAUUUCUGCGAGGUGAUGUUCACAGCUGCCUGGGAGUUUGUGGUCAACUUUAACUGGAAGUUCCCAGGGGUUACCAGUGUGUGGGCGCUCUUUAUCUAUGGCACCUCCAUCCUCAUUGUGGAGAAGAUGUAUCUAUAUCUCAAAGACAAGUGUAACAUUUUAGUGCGCUGCUUCAUUUACACACUUUGGACAUACCUCUGGGAGUUCACCACUGGCCUCAUCCUACGCCAGUUCAAUGCCUGCCCGUGGGACUAUUCCCAGUUUGAUUUUGACUUCAUGGGCCUGAUCACCCUGGAGUAUGCCAUCCCGUGGUUUUGUGCUUCUUUCAUCAUGGAACAGCUGGUGAUCAGAAACACCCUGCGCUUGCGAUUUGAUGAGACUGCCGAGCCGGGGGCCCCCACUGUCCCUGUUGCCUUGGCCAACGGCCACGUGAAGACUGAUUGAGCAGUGACUCAGAACAACCCUUAGCAAUGUGAGAGAGCCCAGACCUCUACCACAGACUGUCAGCUCUGGCUCUGAGGUACUGCUCCUUGCUGUAUGAUAAGAUUCAUAAACCCCAUUUUUCUAAAGGGGGUGUGCAUGGGAUAUACCAGAAAAAAUGGAACCAAUAGAUUUUCUAUGGAUUUUACUCUUUGGGCUCCAAGGACCAGUAUCAGUUACUUGUUAGUUAGGUCAUUUCUGAUUUUAACUUAUUACAGAUGAAAGCAGUCCUUUUGCUUACACUUUUAUGUGGAAAAAGAAGAAAAAGAAAUGCUACGGUGGAAAUGCAUCCAAAAAAAAAAAAACCUAAUUACUGGAUGGGCAUGGACACGCCUGCUAAGUUAGUGAUUGGCUUAUUCCAUUAGGCAAUAUUCAGGUGCUUGCUUGCAACCAAUACCUCCCGUGGGACCUGAGAUGCUGCAGGAACAAGGAAAAAUCCAUCUGCUGUUGAGAAGAACCUAAGACUGGCAGUCUGCUGGGGAGGUAGAUGGUGUUCCCCUCGUGAGGUCCCAUUGGCCUCUCCCCAGGUUCUUUGUUGCACCACAAAAUAAUGUGGUGCUGGACAUCUUGCUGAAUUUAUACAGAUCUUGUACUUUUUGAAAUCUGAGUCCUGAUACUCACUAGAAAUUUUUUCUUUUUCUUUUUUUUUUCUUUUUUUGUUAAAUAAAGGCCUUUUUUGCCAAGUGAAUUUUACCAUAAUCUGUGCAAUCUGAAUCUUGGCAAAAGGCACAAGAAAUAGUGUAAGUCUUCCCAUUUCCUCUGUCCCCACAAAGCAGACCUUACCUGAGGGUCUGCUGCAGAUUUCAGCUCCCAUCUCAGCUGGUCAAACCUUGUAGAGACUGUACAGGCCAGAAGCAUUUUCUGCCUGCCUUCCCAGGGAUUCCUCUGUUUCUGGUGAUGCCGAUGACUUAGUCUGGCUGCAACUCAAUGUAUUUGAAGGUCAAAACCUUCACAUGGCUAACGUUAUCCAGGAUUUGGUCCUCUGGCAUUGACUCUCACCUUCCUUCAGCACUGGCAGGUCUGGGCUCAGUGCUGCCCAGUGUUCUGCUCAGUGUAUCAAGACAAUUUGCUUUUUCUUCCCAAAUUCUGCUUUAAAUACUUUGCUUUAAAACAAUCAUACUGUCACGACAAUAAUUGGAAGCAGCGGCAGCAAGAGAUAUGCCAUGCUGCCUGAUACAUUAUUUAAAGGAAACCAAACACAAAAGUAAAAAAAAGCCUCUCUGAAGAGCACUUCUUCAUGCUCUGCCUGAGCAAGACUUUGAGUUAGGGUGUGAGCAGUAGAGAGGUGGAGCAGGAGGGAGUGCUGUGGCUCCAUUGUAGAGCUACUUGCACAGGGGACAACUUGAAAUUUAACCUAUCUGGGACAUUUGAGGAGUUCAGGGAAAGCUGUAGUGCAGGGAAGAUGCUUGAUAGUGACAGCCACAGGUUCACAGUCCCUCUGGCAAGUCUUGGCUUUUGAAGUUAGCAACAAACAUGGAGCUUCCAGCUGUCAGAUGUAUCUCACUCCUAACUGGUUUAUGGGGAAGGUUUGCUGUAGUUGCCUUGCAGGGCCAGAUGAAUUUUAGGUGUUCUUCCACCAUGGUCAACAGGGCUGCACCCAGGGAUCAAUUUGGCUAGAAAUGCAAACGUGUUGUAGGAUUCUGCCGUUGUACUGAGAUGGCCAGGCUAUUUCUGUGUUGGGUCCUGUGUUUCUGGUAGGGAGGGCUUAGAUGUGAACCUGCUCCUUGCCCUGGGGCACCCGUUCCUGAAGGGAAAAGCAGUUCUGGCCUUGUGAGGGGAAUCGUUUGUUGGUUCUGCUCUUAUGAAGGCAGUGUUAAUCCCUUUUUGUAUCACAUGGUGCAAUUAUUUUGUUCCUCCCCUCCCCCUUCUCACAUAGCAUCUGUUGCUGGCAAUGGACACGCAGAAGCAGGCAGCAAGGAGUUAAUAAAAUCCGCCAUGGGGUAUGCAAUGUCUCCUGAAGCACCCAGAAUACCUAGGUGGGUUUUUAGAGUUCCCUUUUUACAGUUCAUUAAAUUAAAAGAGAACAAACACUGAACAGAUAUUUUUUUCUUGCUGUGAUGUUAGGAUUAUGAAAUCGGAGCAACGGUAUGUAGUUUAUCAGCCUUGAUGGUGUGUAGACCCAGGCAAAAUAGUCACCUGACACUGUACAUGGGGAAAUAAAGAGAUGAGGUUUGUAUGUGGGAUAAUGUAGAUGAGCUCUGCUGGACCAGAACAAGAAUUGCAAGGUGCAGGUGAGAGCUGGGAUCUUCCGUUUUGGCCCUGGUUGUCAGGGUCACUAAACACAGUGUCUAAAGCUGGGUUGUCCUCUCACAGCAUAGCUUGAGUGUGGUGUCAUGCUGCCUCCUGCACCAUCUGAAACACUCAGCUUCACAGAAACAUCCUUAGGAUCCCUGUUUUCUCCUUAACUGUUGCAAAACUCUUCAAAAAGGUUAAAAGGAGUUAGCAACAUGGUUUGGUUACUCCCAGCUACAGGUGGGACUGGGGGAGGAGGAGCAGUGACUGUCUACAGAGCUAAUCUGGUGCAUGGCAAGUCAUGUGUCUUGGCUUUAGAAGAUCCCCACUAAAUGCUACUGGCUUUGCUCAGUGAUGUAAUAUUUAGAUGCUCAGACUACGGAGGGGUUUCCCAGCAGCAUCUAGUAUGUUAUUCCAUCAUUUUUAUUGCCUGUGCCAUUGUAACAGCUGUUGUAGUCUGCUUUCCACUGAUGCCCAAUAUGUACUACCCAGCUAUUGCAUCCUCAUAGAGUGAUAAUUUACACCUAGAAGUGCACUUUACUUGCAGCUUGCACACCAGAAACAGAAAGGGACCCAGCAAAUUCUAAAAUUAAUUAAAUUAAUUAUACAUAAUACCAUGUACCUAAUGCAGCAGGAUAAGCCAGACUUCUCCUUUCUGAGCAACAUGGCUGCAGUCAGAGCUUUGUUUUUUCUGCAAAAUUUCCCUUUUAAUACAUGUGAUGCUUCUUACAACAUCUUACAGAAGUGCCCGGAGCGCAUUACCAGGGUCUCAGUGGCAGCUCAGUGAGAGCUCGGGAGCCGGACUGAAGUUGUAGAGACAUUAAGAAAAAAAAACAAAAACAAAAAACCAACGCACAAGGCCUAACAUGUGUUUGUAUGUGUAUCUUCCUCAGUAGAUUAAAGUUGCCUGUUUUGAGUUCACCAGCAAUAAAGAAACCCUUGUGAUUUAUCUACCUUGUCCUAACUGCAGCAAGGAGAGAGUGGCCCGUUGCUGCUUUUCUUUUCCAGGGGGUGGUGGGAUAUGGACUCCAAUUAACCCAGGUUUCCAGUUUUGCCUCCCUUCUCUUGCUUGUCUCUUGUAUCGUCCACCCUAAAGGAUCUCAAAAGUACAUGAUAAAAUACAGUCUGUGUCUUGCGCACAAGAAGCAGUUCAAACAUUACUGUGAUGUCUGUCCAUACUCCAAAGAUCUUGCCAGAGGGAAAUGAUUGAUUUACAGCAGGACCAGACUGCAUUUUGGUCUUUGGUGUUAUAAUUAAAGACAAAUGUGUAUAUAUGUAUCAGGUACUAUUGCACCUUUGGUCUGAGUGCAUUUUGUAAUUAAAGCAGAAUAAUCCAA